AUGACUGAUCCGCCAGGCUCAAACUUGCAUUGCAACAACUAUAGUGCUUUGAGCAUUAAUGUAACUUUUUUCAUGAUCAUCCUAUAUGCUGCCAUAAAAAUCAGUCAUGGUGCAAAUGUGAAGCCUCAGACUGAAAAGUAUCAGCCGGAUUAUCGAUAUUAUCACAACCUUACGCGAGCGAUAGCUGAUGCCACAGAUUUGAUAAAAAGGUACGGAAGUUUUCUUUUUAGAGAUGAUGAAUAUCAGUCAAGAUCUGGCAAGUCCCAGGUUAACUUCAGAGUUUUUAAUUCUUCACAGGAACCAAAUAAACUGCGUUCAAGAAUUUUAUUAGCGUACGGUGAACAUGCAAGGGAGUUUUUUCCAAUAGAGAGCAUGUUUUACUUUAUGAGAAAUUUGACAGCAGGUCUCGAUACAGAACAGGAAGGCAGACCAGGUCGGUCUUUUUCUCAGUGGGUUUUGAACAACUUUGACAUUUAUGUCAUCGGUCUGGCUAACCCUGAUGGGAAAGACUUUAUAGAAAAAAGUAAGAACUACUGUUGGCGAGGGACAGGAACUGGAGUCGACAUCAAUCGGAAUUUUGAUUGGAAUUAUGGUGGAAAUGGAAGCUCAAAGGAUCCUCAAGAUGAUGAAUACAGAGGGCCUUAUGCAUUUUCAGGUACCCGGUAUUUAAAUCACCAAAAUUUUAACUUGAAAUAUGUUUUGCUCAUUUGAAAGAAUGUUUUUUUUUAUUCUUAAAAGAUGUAAUUUUUGAGCCACCAUUUUAAUUUAUCAUAGUGACCAGAUUAAAAUGAAGUUUGAAAUAACUAUAUUUUUCCAACAGUCUUUCUUAACUACAUUUUAAAAGUUAAAUUCAAUUCUCAUAUUCUGUGACCGCUGAGUAGCAAUGCUUCAUACAUAUUUAAUAAAUGAUCCACAGAGCCAGAGACUAAUGUAUUCCAAUACCUGGCCGAAACUGUGAAAUUUGAUGCUUUUGUCUCUUUUCACUCAGGAGUCCGUCACAUAUACAUUCCUUAUGCAGGUAUUGUUAUAUAAAUGUUAAAAUGUUUUGAAUAAUUAUAAGUUUAAGUGAUCAAGCUCCGCUUCAAGUCUGGGUGGUUUUAGGAUGGCAGGGAAGGAUGAGGAUGUUAGGGGAAAUUUUAGAGAUAUAUGGUGGAGAUGUUAGAAUAGAGGGUAAUGAUCGCAUUGUAUGGUUGAGAAUGAAUGGGGUUAGGGGUCCUGAUUACAUGUUGCCGUUAAAGGAUAUGAGGCAUGAGGUGGGUAGUGGCAACCUCAUGCCAAUGAUUCUAUGUACACAGUAUUUGAGGUAGGUGUUCCUAGGCAACCAUUUCAUCCCAGCUGCUUCGUAAAUUAGUUGUGAGGUAGAAACUGGCUGUAGAAAUCCCCAUUAGACGGUGUCUGGCCCCCUUCCCAGGAUGGGCGGGGGAAGAUUUUAGGGCGUAAAUACAUCAUCCAGACUCCUCGGAAAGUUGACUUCUGACGCUUUGAGAGCGUCACCAGCUUACCAGAUGUCCUUGGGCUUGGGUGGCAUCCGUUGGUACUCGAUCGAGUAGGUGCUGGCGAAGGCUGCCCUGGCAAAGGGAGAUCUCCAACAUGUCGUCAAACUUACUUCGUCAAAUGUCAUUUGUGGUAGUUUAUUUUGGUUAAACUGAAGAAGUAAGUUUACAAACAUAAAGUUCAUUCAAUUAUCUUUCAUUUGAUACCUUAUUUUGUCUUACAAACCCUACAAUAAUAUUUUAAAUAGUUUUUUUAAUCCCCAACUCUCACUUCUGGUACCUGGGUACGAACAGUCGCAGCCUUUGAGGUUUGUGUGUGAAAAGUUUGGGGAGAGGCUAGAGCUUGAGGAAGUUGGGUAUGUCACAGUUUAAAGAAUUUGAUCCAGGGACACAACUUAAUCCACAUCUGUUAUUCCAUUAUAUUCCAGUUACUACCCUUUAAAAUGUUACACCCCUAAGAAAUAGUUUUAAACUUUUUUUUCAUCACCCAAGUAUAUUUAUAGUAUAGGGCAGCCCUUAAUUUAAGAAAAAUAACAGCAAAGGCCAGUCCCCCAAAAUGGAGCUUAGGGCCAGCUGCGGUGAAACAUGCUCAUGCUCCAAGCUCCAGCAGCGAAACAAUAUCCUUUUUAUAUCAAACAAUUUUAAAUUCAGGAAAAUUUUUACAUUGAAGGGUGUAAAUAAGAUCUCUAAUGUAUAUUUCCUGUACAGGUAUCAAAUUUUACCUACAUUUUAUUUGUCAAAACUCUAUUGUUCUUGAAGGAUUUUGGUAUAAGCCUAAACAUAUCUUUUUAAUUUUUCUGCUGCAACUUAUUUCAGAUUCAAAAUCGAAACAGUUGCACAGAAUCCCUGAAAACCAACAUCACAUGGUCAAUCUGGCCAAACGAAUGGUUAAUGCAUCACCAUCACGCCAAUUUGAAAUGGGAAUGGCAUAUGAGCUAAACGGCUACGUGGCUGAUGGGACAUCUUUUGAUUAUAUGGCCGGAGUGGCAAAGGUGGCCUUUACUUGUCUCAUAUUCUAAAAGGCUAUUUUACAACUUGUAAUUGUUAGAAUAACAUAAACUAAAGUAAACCAAUAUCAAUUUUUAAUUGCUGUCUGAUUUCUAUUUUCUAAAAGAUUUAUAGUCUUAAAAUACCGUAUUUUACUGACUAUAAGAUGCAGUUUUUUCUUCGAAAAAUUGCCUAAAAAAUUCAGGUGCGUCUUAUACUCGAAAUUAAUAUAAAAAUGAUAAAAAUGUUUUUGUUUUUUUUUAAAAUUAAGGUGCGUCUUAUAGUCCAUAGCAUCUUAUAGUCUGUAAAAUAGGGUACCAGGAUUUUUAUACUGAAUAUCAGAAAAUUUAUUGCAACAGUGUUACCAACACACCCCAGUAUCUGAAUUGAUUGCUGAGAAAUUCUGACUUGUAUAACUUUUUUCACCCAUCAACAAUUUUCAUUUUCAGGUUCCUUUUUCUUUUGCUAUAGAAAUGUGGGGGGCAAAAGACCAUGUAGGAAGCAGUUGUUUCGAUGAGUUCAAUCCACCAAGUGAAGAGCUAGAGGUAAAGCUUUGUUGUGAACAAACUUGCUAAUAUAGGAAAUAGGAAAAUAGAAGGGAAAAAGAUUGAUAUUUUGUUUCAUUUGGUUUAGCUGGUGAAGUCUUUCCAAUCCCUGGGAACAUGGAUGCCCAACCAAUAAUAUGGUAUCGUAAGCCCCAUCAGAAAUGAUAUUUUAGGGCAAAAUUUGAAUUCUUGAAAUUUCUGUUAGUUGAGAAAAGUUUAGGUUCGCCAGGGUUUGAAAUAUUCCAAGCAUUGUGUUUAGUAGCACCUGCCAGCAGUCUCUUAUGCUUCCUUUAGUGCAAGAAAUCUUAAUAUAACCUGCAACUGGUGUUUUAUGUUAGAGAUCACAGAGGUUUUUGAUGGCUCUACAUUCUUCAGUCAAAAUGUUCUGUUAUGGAUGCAAAUGCAUGUGUCACUUCUUUACUGUGAAGUGAAUCCCUAGUCUGUGAUGAGAACCACUUUUUAACAUAUGGUAUCACUUAAUAUUACAUCAUUAAUUGGCUCAUUAUUCACACUUUUAUGGACUGUCAGAAUUUAAGGACAACUAUUGCAGAGUGUGUGCUUAAAUGUAUGCACACAUUCAACAGAGACCCUCCUCCCCUUAUUCCUGAUGAGCAAAAUAUCCUAGGUCACCCCAUCCCUGCCCCACCUGUAAGUGCGUACCUAACAUAUGGAUGUCCCCUUAGGUGUCCCCUUAGAGGACAUCUUGCGACAAUUAUAAAAAUUCAGUAUUUAAGGAUGUCAGGUCCUUUACAAAUUUACUAUAGAUCAUGAAUAGUAAUAGUGGUAUUAGGUCUGCCUUUUCUAUGUGUUAGUCUCCAUAUGAUAAAUGAAUGCCUCUAGGUUUGCACAUCAAUGAAUUUUAUAAUCGCAUAUUUUCCAGGAAGAAUUGGCUCUGGUCCAUCCAUUGUAUGUAGAACUUCUUUUGUACCUUUUUCAAUGGAAGAGUGAACAGAAUAAAGUAGAAGUUUCAGUGAGUGGAUUUUAUUGUAAUUAUCGAAAAGGUUUUAUCAACUACUAAUUGAAAACUAACAAUCACUUUUUUCUUUCUUUUAUAAAGAAAAAAUUGCUGGAUAUUUAAAAAAAUAAUUAAAGAUCAAAAUAUUUAAGGUCAAAUAGCAUUACCAAAUGAAUCUUAUUUUUUUAUUUUUUUUUUUAAAUUUAUAGUAAAAAUUGUUUUAGUUUUUAACUCCUCUCAAGAGGUCACACAAUUUGUUACAGUGUUGUCUUGAAACCGAGCCCUGCCCAUUUGUAUGAAUAACAUAUUAUAACACUAACUGGUUAUCUUAUAUUAAAAGCAUAUAAGUAAGUUCAAGGUAAUCAAGGUUACGCAGUAGUUAGAGUGACAUUAUGCCUAAGUUAAUUAAGUUGGUCUGGUUUAGCCUUUUCUGCGUUUAGUGCACUUUUUAGAUAAUUGUUAUUGAAAUAAUUGAAUGUUGAUUUUACGUAGCUUGAUGUUAAUCUCGAGGUUUAGAAUAGUAUGUCAUUAUUAUUAUUCAUGUUCAAUGAAGGCUAGCUAGUAGCCUUGUAAGCAACUAAGGCUCCCUGUUCAGUCUGAAUGGGCAUAUACAGCGAGUGUCGAAUGAAUGUGCACCGAAACUGAGGAAAAAAUGGCAUUUUUUUGAGUUGCAGCACCAGGCCCAAUCACUGAUUACAUUUUUGCAUAAAUAUAGUAAAUGAAAAUCAUUAAUUAAACACGUGUCAUCAAUACAUUUUAACUUCGUUUACAUGCUUUUGUCAUUAGGAAAACAGAAAUGCAGAAUUUAUAUUACACAGAACUAAAAAAGACUACGAAACAGAUAAUAAACAGGAGGAGGAAAUGCUGGAAUCCACACCUCAAGUAAUAACAUUUUUCUUCUUUUAUUCGUUAGUGAAAAAAAAAUAAACAUGCUAAAACCUAAUGCUUAAAGUUUGUCUUUAAACUUUUAUGAAGGAUAUAAAUAAAAUAUAGGGUAAGGUAGGGCAUUAAGCACCACCUUUUUUUGUUUUCUGUGAAUUUUUCUUUAAACUUUUAUGAAGGAUAUAAAUAAAAUAUAGGCCUAUGUAUUUAAAUCGCACUAAAAUGUUUAUUAGGUAUUAUCACACUUUACCGUUAUUAGUUACUCCAAACUGACUAACCACAAUAAUGGUAUAGUUAAUUAUUACCAAGUCAAUGCUUCAAGUUAUUACAUGAAAUGCAAAAUAUGAAACGGCAUGUGACCUUCAGCCCUGUUUUAAGAGGAGCAUGGAAUAAUUAAUAAAUGAUAUGAAGAACACUCAUUUAGCCCGCUGAAUUCCUAACAACAGAAAUUUCAUUUUUUUUCCCACACAGCACCCAACAUCCUUCUCAGAAAGCCAUUUAAUGUAUGCCUUGUUUUCGAUGGUGGCUGCCUUAUGUGUUGUAUUGGGAGCAAGACAUGUGUGUUUUUUAAUGCGUAAAAAACGUAUUGUAAGUCUUAAAUCUCUUAGCUCAACAUUUUCUCUGUUUAAAAGCUAA